CUCAAUCUCUCUCUUUCGCGCACGCACGUAGGGCCGGCUGUCUUGCUUUACAAUCGAGGCUCAAGCUUAAGACUAGCAAACGAGUCCGUUGUUCGUCAUAGCGCACUUGGUUCUUCUUCUUACUGUCUAGUUCUCAUAACUGCAGGCCACACAUAGGCAAUCAGUCGAUCUAAGUGAUUGUCGUCCCUUGUCCUUCAUCAUCAAACAAAGUUGAAUCAGAAAAAUGUCUGCAGACCCAGAACGCGCUGAUGUUAGUGACUUGGAAUCCAUGGAAGAUGAGGAAGACAGCCAUAAAACCAAGACCUGCAAUGAACACAAAGAACAGAAUGAACAAAAUCUUUUUGCAACUUUACAGGAUAAAUUAAAUGAAUUCAAUAUCGAUCACUUACCUGCACCAGUGAAACGUCGAAUUAAAGCAUUAAAGCAACUUCAGCUGAAGACAACAAAUAUCGAAGCUAAAUUUUAUGAAGAAGUUCAUGCACUAGAAUGUCGUUACUAUCAGUUAUGUGUUCCACUUUAUGAACAAAGAAGUAACAUCAUUUCUGGUGUGUAUGAACCAACAGAAGAAGAAUGUGAAUGGGAGAGUGAAGAAGAAGAAAUUACAAAUGAUUUAAAAUCUAAAGUUAAAAUAGAAGUGAAAGAUGAUGCCGGAGAAAAAGAGAAAAAUAGCACCAAAGAUGAAGAUGUUAAAGGCAUUCCUGAUUUUUGGUUAACAAUAUUCAAAAAUGUUGGCAUGUUAGCAGAGAUGGUGCAAUUACAUGAUGAGCCAAUACUGAAACAUCUUUAUGAUGUUAAAGUUAUAUUCUUGGAAAAAAAUCCAAUGGGAUUUGUGUUGGAAUUCCACUUUUCUCCCAAUGAAUACUUUUCAAACUCUGUUUUAACAAAAGAGUAUCACAUGAAGUGUGCACCGGAAGCAGAUGAUCCUUUCAGCUUUGAAGGGCCUGAAAUUUACAAGUGCAAGGGUUGUUUGAUUGAUUGGAAAAAAGGCAAAAAUAUUACAGUAAAAACUAUCAAAAAGAAUCAGAAACAUAAAAAUAAAGCUACCACUCGUACAGUAACUAAAACUGUUCAGAAUGAUUCAUUUUUUAACUUUUUUUCACCUCCAAUUGUGCCAAAUGACACAGAUGCAUAUGUUGAUGAAGAUACACAAGCUCUGCUAACAUCUGAUUUUGAAAUUGGUCAUUACAUUAGAGAGAGAAUAGUGCCAAGAGCUAUUCUUUAUUUUACUGGGGAAGGUUUGGAAGAUGAAGAUUAUGAUGAGGAUGGAGAUGAAGAUGAUGAUGAAAUAGACGAGGAUGAGGAUGAUGAAAACGUAUCUCGCAAACCAGCAGGUGGGCUAAAGCAGCAAGAUGAUAAAGCACCUGAAUGCAAACAGCAAUAAACAAUUAUUUUCAUAUAAAUUAUAAGGAAACCGUAAUACUACCGUUUAAACGAAACUAUUUUUUAAGAACAAGACAAAAACUACUGGCCAAUGAUUGCCGAAAUAUCCUUCGCUUGUGUCUUUAAUUAAUUGUUAUUUACGAAAUCAGUCUACUAAUUACGUCAUAUCUCCCAUUGCAGAUGAUAACUAGAUGAAAGACACUAACAGCAAGAAAAGUCGUAUAAAGAGCACCGUGUCAUUGACGUUAUUGUGAGAGAUUAUUAAAGUGGAUUAUUUGAUAGUUUCAUUAAUGAACACGAGAAGUUUGUCUGCAAAGAAUCAUUAUUCGCGCUUUUGAUUGCUUCAUUUUAUACUAUUGUUACUCAAACAUUUAUAUACCAAACGAAAAUGUUUCCUUAAAAAAAAAAAAAGCCGUUAAAUGUAUAACAAAUUUUUCGUACUGUUAAGAACAUUUUAAUACAAAAUUUACAAAUAUCUUGACUGUUAGAAAGCAUAACAAUUCUGUACUUGCUACAUUUUUCCACAAAAAAAAAUAAAGAAUAUGUUUUUUAUUCUUUUUAACAAGAAUUUUACCACAAUGUAUUACAUUUAAAUAAGUCUAGAGAAAUUGCAAAAAAUCUGAUGUAAUCAAUUUUUUUAUCAAUAAAUGCAGAAACGU